AUGGCGGUCACUCACAGCUCGCCCGAACCGUCGGCAUCAGCAAGGCCUGAAUCUCCUGCGGCGCCCUCGCCCGCCGAACCAACGACAUCAGCGGCACAAGCAUCAGCACCUGCCCCGGACACCGCAGCCGCUUUGGAGGCCGAAGUCCCCUUGGAAGCGGACGUGCAGCACGGCGACGACGACGACAGCGAUUCAGCCAUGGGCGCUGGGAGUGUCCUGUCGACCGACACGCUGACGCCCAGCAUUCUUGAGUACCGUCAGCUGCAUGGCCGAACCUACCCCAACGCCAAGACCGGUGACUACUGGGGCCCUAACGAUGAGCGUCAGAGUGAGGGUCUCGACCUGAUCCACAAUGCCCUGACGUUGCUCUUGCACGACAAGUUGUUCCUGGCACCGUUGCGGCAGGACGACCCCGGGCGGGUGCUGGACAUUGGCACGGGAACGGGUAUCUGGGCACUUGAUUUCGCUGACGAGUAUCCCUCGGCGGAGGUGAUUGGCACAGACUUGAGUCCUAUGCAGCCCAGCUGGGUGCCGCCCAACUUGCGCUUCGAGGUCGACGAUUGUCUGUUGGAGUGGACGUGGCCGGAGAACCACUUUGACUUUAUCCACGCGCGGUGCAUGUAUGGAUCGAUACCUGACUGGACGGAGAUGGACACCAAGAUCCUGAGGCACCUCAAGCCCGGGGGCUACUUUGAGCACGUCGAGAUUGGCUGCCAAGGUCAGUCGGAUCACGUCGAGCUCGGGCCGGACCACAUCUUCGACACCUGGGCACAUUCAUUCUACGAAGCGGGCAAGAAGACGGGGCGACCGUUCACCAUUUGCCUAGAUGGCGAAAUGGCCAAGCACAUGCGGGCCGCCGGGUUUGUCGACAUUCAGGAGACGAAGUUGAAGCUGCCUGUCAACAGCUGGGCUAAGGACCCAAAGCUGAAAAAGGCUGGCACGUACUUCCACUAUGCUCUCGAGCGGGACAUGGAGGGCUUCUCUAUGUUUGUCUGCACGCAGAUAUUAGGCUGGUCCAAGGAGGAGGUCCACGUGAUGGUGGCCAAGAUGCGGCAGGCCAUCCGAACCAAAUCCCUCUGUCCGUACAUAGCAGUGUAA